AUGCCACAGAAGCAACCGGUCGCCAUGCCCCAGCAGCCUCAGCAAUUAUGGCAUCUAGUCCAAAUGCCCCAGCAGCAACUGGCCCCAAUGUCUCAGCAGAAGCACUACAAAAAACUAAAGAUGGCGGCUCUAGUAGCUCUCACGCCAGCAUCGUUGAACAGUCGGUUCUCAUCCCAAUCUAUUAGUACAGUUCCAAAUCGUGCUACGAGAAUGGCAAAACGGUCUUCUCCCAAUCCCGCUACACUCGUGGGGAGGUUUUGCCUUUUGAUAGCAGAGACGCUCCCAAGGACAAACAUGUUGGCAUCUCUGCAGCGAGCAUAUACCCACCACUAGUAAAGGAUCCUGGGAGGAAAUGUACAACUUUAAUCUGAACGUUGUUAUCUGAAUUUGAAGUCCUUUGUACUAACCAUGUAUCUUUCAACAGGAAAAUGUAAUGGUGGAAGCUCUAACGGUGAGAAUUGAUUUAAUGACUAAAAUUGAAGACAACAGAUUCUGUGUUGCUGACACUGUUCUCAUUUCUUUUAGUUGUCAGUCAUGCUCAGGAAGUUGCUGGUACUCUUGCAUGAUGGAAUCAAUAAAUAGUGUUACUUUAAAAAAUACCUUGUGUGUUGGAAAUACUGAGGUUUCUCUUGUGCGAAGACUGAUUUUCAUGAUGUCACAUGGUCUGACAAACACAGCUGUAGCUCGGCCCCCAUCCACCAGAUGAAGAAGGGCAACAUGAGCGGAUGCAGUGGAUUGAGACACAGCCCAUUCAAAAACCUGAUGUUUCUAGCUUAAACUGAUGGAUUUUUCUGGGUACCGAGAUUGAUGCACAUGUGCGUCAAUACUCUUGACCUGUCGCUCAUUCCACCUGCUAGUCCAUUUAUCUUACCACAGACUCCUAAAGAAUGGAUUCAGUGUACUUUAUCUUUAUAAUGCCUGGAACGGUUUAACCUAUCAAUUAACAAAUAUAUUCUGUACAAACUACAGAUCAUAGAACAUGUACAUUUUCAAGUAUUGUUGGUGAAAUCUAACUGCAUAGUAUGAGAAUUCAGACCUUAAAUGAAUCCAUUAACUUUAAAAGAGGAAGCUGGUAGGCACUAGCAGGGAAGUUUAGCUAGCAUAAAUUGUCACCUGGGAAUCAUUGACACAACUUGAAACAUUUGCCUGUUGUAGUUGACUGUCUGUUCGGCCAAAGACUCAUGAACAUGGAUAAAAUUGUAUCCGCAUUCAUUUGUCUGCUUUUCUGUAAAAAGUUAAACUCUUUGUGUUGUCGGACAAUCUCUUGUCUAGCAUACGUCAACAGACUCCAGCAUUUUUGGACACAAUCUUACUGUGUCCACAGGCUAUUAUCCAACACAUUUCUACCUGACCAAUGAGUUUGCACCUGCAAAAGCCCCUGGCAGGAACUUCAUUAGCCUUCAUUAAAAGGUUUAAAAGGUGCACUUGAUUAAGCUCACCCAGUGCAAUGGGUAGGUAGAGUCACUAUUUAAAACCAUUGGAUUGAUCCAUGACGCGCAACCCCUCCAGCACACCAGCUGAAUGAAAUCAAGCGCACCUAAUCUCAAUUGGGAAAUUGGACCAAUGGAAAUUAUAUUCAGUGGCUGGCAGCUGUACCUAAUUAGCCAGCCAGAUUAGAAGGGUCUAGGAUUCCUUUAGAAGGAGCAGCAAAACACUGUCAGAUACAAUAAGGGGGAUCUUCUGGUAAGGCGUCUGUCUACCAUCAGUGCUGAAUAUUGGUGAGGUUUUGAUGAGAAAAAUGGCUGUGACCUUUGGACUCUCUUUGAGGUAAAUUGUAAUCCUCUAGUUUGUUUCCCUUGUCUUCCAGGUUUUACAGGUAGCUUUGUUUAACUGACUAUGAAUUUCUUUUAUUUAGAAUUUCUUGGAUUUAUUGCCUGCUAAUUGGAGGGAUAAUCUGUUAUCCUCCACCUAAAGGUGUGUUUGUUCUGCACAAAUUAAUUCAGUUAAAAUAACACAGUAUUUGUAUAGUUCCAAUAACUAUAAAUGCUGGCAUUUUUACUAUUUGUAAGUUUUUUUGUUGUUUGUCUUUUGUUUCCUAGGUAAUUAUAGAUAUAUUCCACAAACUGCAUUAAAAGGAACCGGCUCCCGUGUCACAGCAACAACAGUAACCGCCUCCGCAGAAGCAACCAUUCACAAUGCCUCAGCAAGUGUGGCAACUGGCACAAAUACCUUAGGUGAUGUAACCGGCCCCCGUGCCUCGGCAGCAGCAACCGGCCCCCGUGCCUCGGCAGCAGCAACCGGCCCCCGUGCCUCGGCAGCAGCAACCGGCCCCCGUGCCUCGGCAGCAGCAACCGGCGCCGUCGCCUCGGCAGUUGCAACCGGCGCCGUCGCCUCGGCAGUUGCAACCGGCGCCGUCGCCUCGGCAGUUGCAACCGGCGCCGUCGCCUCGGCAGGAGCAACCGGCGCCUCUGCAGGAGCAGCAGCAACCGGCCCCCGUGCCUCGGCAGCAGCAACCGGCCCCCGUGCCUCGGCAGCAGCAACCGGCGACAAUUCCUCGGCAAGUGUGGCAACCGGCCCCCGUGCCUCGGCAGCAGCAACCGGCCCCCGUGCCUCGGCAGUAGCAACCGGCAACAAUUCCUUGGCAAGUGUGGCAACCGGCCCCCGUGCCUCAGCAAGUGUGGCAUCUGGUUCAAAUGCCGCAGUUGCAACAGGCGCCGUCGCCUCAGCAGCAGCAACCGGCCCCCGUGCCUCAGCAGCUGCAACCGGCGCCGUCGCCUCGGCAGUUGCAACCGGCGCCGUCGCCUCGGCAGGAGCAACCGGCGCCUCUGCAGGAGCAACAGCAACCGGCCCCCGUGCCUCGGCAGCAGCAACCGGCCCCCGUGCCUCGGCAGCAGCAACCGGCGACAAUUCCUCGGCAAGUGUGGCAACCGGCCCCCGUGCCUCGGCAGCAGCAACCGGCGCCCGUGCCUCGGCAGCAGCAACCGGCCCCCGUGCCUCGGCAGCAGCAACCGGCCCCCGUGCCUCGGCAGCAGCAACCGGCCCCCGUGCCUCGGCAGCAGCAACCGGCCCCCGUGCCUCGGCAGCAGCAACCGGCCCCCGUGCCUCGGCAGCAGCAACCGGCCCCCGUGCCUCGGCAGCUGCAACCGGCGCCGUCGCCUCGGCAGUUGCAACCGGCGCCGUCGCCUCGGCAGGAGCAACCGGCCCCCGUGCCUCGGCAGCAGCAACCGGCCCCCGUGCCUCGGCAGCAGCAACCGGCCCCCGUGCCUCGGCAGCAGCAACCGGCGACAAUUCCUCGGCAAGUGUGGCAACCGGCCCCCGUGCCUCGGCAGCAGCAACCGGCCCCCGUGCCUCGGCAGUAGCAACCGGCAACAAUUCCUUGGCAAGUGUGGCAACCGGCCCCCGUGCCUCGGCAGUAGCAACCGGCAACAAUUCCUUGGCAAGUGUGGCAACCGGCCCCCGUGCCUCAGCAAGUGUGGCAUCUGGUUCAAAUGCCGCAGUUGCAACAGGCGCCGUCGCCUCGGCAGGAGCAACAGGCGCCAUCGCCUCGGCAGGAGCAACAGGCGCCCUGGCCUCGGCAGGAGCAACAGGCGCCCUGGCCUCGGCAGGAGGGCCAACUCCUCAAGCAAAAUGGACUUUAGCAUGAGUGAUGGUUCUCAGAAUGUUGGGUCCGAUGAUGGUGACAAUGAAAGAACUCAAGACGUCGGCUCCAGUAGCGCUCAAGGCCGCAUUGUUGAACAGUCAGUUCUCAUCCUAAUCUAUUCCUGCAGUUCUAAAUCGAUUUUUGACAAAACUGUCUUCUCCCAAACCUGCAACACCCCUGGGGAGGUUAUUCCGUUUUGAUAGCGGAGAUACUCCCAAGGACAGUGCUAUUGGCAUCUCUAAAUCAAGCAUAUCCCCACCUGCUAAGAACUCGCAACCUGCUAAAGGAACCCCACCACAAGGAAAGGCUCCUGGGAUGCAAUGUACAACUCAUCUCAACUUUUGCUUUCUAACUUUGAAAUCCUUUAUAUUAAUCAUUGUCUAUCAACAGAAUUCUAAUGGUGGAUUUAUCCUUUGGAUGAUCCAUUUUUCCUUUUUUUUUAUGACCGACAAUGACCAUUCUGAGUUGUUGCUGACACUCGUUUAGGUUCCAUUGUAUGCUUUUGAUUCGGCCAGGGAGUUGCUCUUGCUACCCUGCAUGACUUGAACAAUAAAAUAUUUUACAUUUAAAAGUGCCUCGUUGUUUUUGAAAUGCUGAGUGUUCUUUAAUGUCUACCUUCUGGCUUGCUGAUUGAGAACAGUGUUGGUUGCCAGUGCAGUUUGGUUCACAGUUCCUAAUCGUUUGGUUUUCAAAUAUCUGGUUUUUAUCUUUGCUACUGGUUGUUCAAAUUCCAAGAUUGGCUCUACAGUAGAGCGACUGACCACGUUUACAUGCAUACCAAUAUCCCGUUAUUUGGGAUAUUCUGUUUGCGUUGACUGAUAUAAAAAUCAUAUUCCAUUUACAAUAACCCGAAAAAGCUUGUAUCCCGUUUUUGAGAAACCUGGAUAAGAUGCCUGGGAUAUGCUAAUUGAAGACUGGAUACUAUGGCAGGUAAACCUGUUAUCCCGUGUCUGUGCAGGCUCCGUUUCGCAUAUAAUGGGUGUUGUGUGAUCUCAUCUGUCAAACACUUCAAAAAGUAGGCUACCUGCACAGUUCAACAAAAUUCAUAUAACUACUUUUGACUUUGGUCUCGUCCAAUAAAAUCACUGAUUUUAGAUUUGGUUGCAAAACAUUUUGCUACGGUGUCCCCUAUUGAACAUGACUAUGAUUUAUUUGUCACAGUUCCUGUUUGUGCUGGUACACUGGGUGAAUUCCAAUGAGAAAUCUCUGGGCUACUUUGGCCUGACGUCACAUGACCUUUCACUCGUGGGCAUUUACGACGGCGACUCAAACAUGAAAUGGCUCAUGCCCGAGGGAGAGCUCUCCAUGGAGCGCGAGGGAUUUCUGCCAGUCGCUCAUACGAGGCAAUCUCAAGGUCAGAGGUCAAAACAAACCUGAAUUCUAAUAGUAUUGGUUUUCUUUUAAAUGCCUUUGAGGGUUGAUUGUGCCAGAUAAGCUCAACUAAGUGCAGCUAAAUAAGUAUUUGAACCCAUAUCUAUGGAGCAGUACACGUUUAAGUGGCUUGGAUAAUCUAUAGAAAGCAGCAGUAAAUUAUACAGUGACCUCUAAUGUAUGUAUAUUGCUUCUCAAAUACUUUUUUCUUAUUUUUAGGAGUUGAAGCAGGCAGUAGUACCUGAUCCUAAAACAGUUGUAAAACGAAUAAAUGAAUGUAAAUAAGCUUUGACAAUUAUUGUGUCUGUUUUGGAGUGAGUAUUGUUUUCUGCCUGAAUCUUAUGUAGGCUACUAUCUCAGUGUGUGCUCUGGAGGGCAUGAGUGUGUCUUUAUGUGACGGCUAGUCCGCUGUCUACAGUCUGAGUUGACCACAGGUCAGUGGCUACUCACCACUGAGAUUUUGGCCGAGUUUGUUAGCGUUGGCACUGAUCUGAUGGUUACAAUCACAACUGAGUGACCUCUGAAGACUGACAGGGCCUGGAGGGUCUAACAGAGAAAGAAGAAUUGGAAUCUGUCUUAGGAUAACAGAAGAUAACAGAAGAUUCCAAAUGCAAUCACAAAGAAACAACAAAUACAAUAGAAUAAAAUAUGAUGCAAUACAAAACAUUUUUUUGUAUUUUCAUAAAAAUGCUACAUUUAAGUGCAGACCUGUGUUAAAAUAUAUGUGUAUUUGAGUAUCUGGUAUUUAAAAUACUUUUUCUGUGUAUUUGAGUAUUUUCGAAUAAACAGCCCAAAACAAGAACUUUUAUUUUUGUAUUUGAAUGGUUAUUUAUGGAAAACCAAAUAGUCUGCCAAAUUGUAGUAUUUGAUAUUAUGUUCAAAUACUUAUUUCAAAAUGUCACAUACCAGGGUUAAAUGCAUGGGAGUGUAUUUGAGUCAGUGUUUCCAAGUGUAUUUCCAAAUACAUCAAAAUAAUUCUACUAAUUAUCUUUUCAAAUAAAAGAUAUCUGAAUACUUCCUUUGCAUGUAUGUGAAAUGAAUUGAAAUAUUUUAAAUAGUAUUUGAACCCAGGUCUGAUUAAGUGACAUACAUGAAAGAUCCAGUCACAUUAGGACUGUGUACAGCAGUGGAAGAGGGGAAUGAGUGCAGAUUUCUAGACAUUAAGGGCCAUACAAUAAAGUAAAGAAGGAUUGGAGCACUUGGGGUGAAUAUAAAAGACCAGAAAAAAGAACAGAUUGUCUGCCUGCUGUGCUGAAAGAAACAGGACAAGAAAACGACACACACCAAAGAGAGAGAAAAGUUGAACGGUUGAUCCCUAAAAAUUCCUAUAAAAAAAGAAGGGAAUUUCAAAGCCCAGACUUGGAAUCAAGGAUAAUUAGCAGGUUUGGAGUGCCAAGCGGAAACAUCAGCCAGAACAGGGAAAACACUACUUGGCAGAUGUUGAGUUUAAGGGGCCGGGAUAUAUGAAUAGCUAUCUAUACAGUUGCAUGCAAAUGUAUGUGCUUGUGGUUGUGUACUGCAAUCAAAGUUGAGACAAUAUUGGAAGAAAUGCGUCCACAAAAGAGGGUAGAUGGUCAGAGGAUGAUGAGAUGGGUUGUUGUCUUGUGUUUUAUUUCAUCCACAUGAAGGAGACCUUUUAUGGAGAUAGUGGGCACCUUCGAGAGGAUCACUAUUGUUAAGUCGUUGACAAUCGUUGGUCACGCCUUUCAAAGUGUGUUGCAUUCUGGGGAUAAAACAUUUCCAACUUGAGUCGACUGCAUGAACUUUACAAAAAUCAUGUGAUCAAAGGUGAAGAAGAAUUGACUCCAACUUUCUGCAGUUGCUCUUCACCAACUUCAUCCUGCAGCCAUCACCUGCAUUGAGGGAUUGUCACCUCUAUUGUCAAUCAAUCAUUAGUGUUUUUGUUUGACCAACACGAACAUGACCAAAAACAUGACUGAAACAGGAACCAAUUUGCUGCAAUUCAUGUGUAGCCUACAGUGCAUACAUUUAUAUGAUUGAGGCUCUCUCUCAUUUAUUGAUUGUAUAAUAUACACACAAAUGAUUUCAGUUUGUGAGUGGGUGUUGGAGACAUAUAAAGAAAACAUUUUAUAGACAAUAGCAACACUGCCAUGGUGAUCUGAGACUUGCUGUUGGAAAACAACAUUAGUGUCUGAGUUUCGGCUGUCGCAGAUGCACCUCUCCUGACUUUACUACUCGACUUUGGUCUACAGUCAGUUGCCUUACCACUCAAACGAGCCCUAUAUUUGCCACAGAAAAAUGAAAGACUAAGAUCAGCAUAAGCAUUGGUGUGGUGUGUUAGCAUUAUGUGAGUGUUUAAUUGCUGUCUGUUUGUUUGAAUUCAGAAUUUGUCCAAGAUGUUGCACUAUGUGCAACUGAAACUGUUAAACAGCUAAAUGUUGCUAUCCUGAAUUAGCUACACUGUUUAAAAGAAGGCAUGUGUAAAAUAAUGGUGCCUAACUGCUCAUUUAGCCUCUAAUCUUCAAAUAUGUCAAGUGAAUUUUGUACAAGCAAUAAUAUGCCAAGACAAAAUGUGUUUUCUAGUUUAGAGCAGGGGUAUCAAACUCAUUACAUGGAGGGCUUAGUGUCUGCAGGUUUUUGGUUUUCCUUUCAAUUAAGACCUAGACAACUAGGUGAGGGGAGUAAUUAGUGCCCUUAAUUCAGCGAUCAAGUACAAGGAAGGAGCGAAAACCCACAGAUACUCUGUCCUCCAUGUAAUGAGUUUGAUGCAUGCUUUAGAGUAAGGGCUGUCAAAAAGACAAAACACAACCAAUAAUUUAUUAUGGUCCUUUGUCAGGAACUCAAUUAGGGAAUUAACCACACCUGAGUACAUUUCUGAAUUCCAAAUCACUUAUGGGCAUUUGAAACGAUCAGACAGGUUAAAGCAAUAUGGAAAUUGCUUCACCUUGCCUUCUGAUAGGCUGGAUGCAAUUGUGGCCAUAUUGCUUAUACCUAUCCAAUCAUUUCUAAUAAUAAUAAUAAUGAUUCACAGAAGUGUCUCGGCCAGGGUGUAGGAUUUAGGGGUCAAUUUGGAAUUAGGAAUUAAAUGUAGUUCGGUGGCUGACGGCUGUCCUUAAUUAGCCAACCACAUUAGAAGGGUCUGGGAUUCCUAUAUAAGGAGCAACCAAAACACUUGCAUAUACAGCAAAAGAGAUAUUCUGGUAGGGCUUAUGGCUACUAUUAGUUCUGAAUACUGGUGAGGUUUUGAUGCGUGAAAUGGCUGUGAUGAUUGGGAUCUCUUUCAGGUAUGUUUUUAAAAGUAUUGAUCAAGUUUGUUUCACUUGUCCUUCAGGUAGGUAUGUUUAACACUUUCUUUUUUUUCUCUAGAGUUUCUUGGCUUUGUUGCCUGCUAAUCGGAGGGAUAACCUGUUUGACAUUAAAAGUUGAGUUUCUACACAUUAAUUUCAAAUAAUUGAUAUAGUUCCAACAACUUCAAAGGCUAGCAUUUCAGUUUAGAUUUGUUGUUACCUAGGUGACGGAUAUCCUGCACCAGUUUCUGAUGCAGCUUGGCUCUAUUCAGGAUCAGUUAGGUCUAGAUUAUUGCAACUCUCCAACAGCUGAAAUGCAAGAGCAGCUGACCGCCGCAGAAGCAUUCGGCCCCCAUGCCUCAGCAAGUGUGGCAUCUGGCCCAAAAGCAACUGGUCCCCAUGCCACAGAAGCUGCUGGCCCCAGCAGCCUUACAACGUGUGGCAUCCAGCUUAAAUGCCCCAGCAACAGAAGCCACCAGCCGCUGAACCUCAGCAGCAGAAGGAACUGGCUGCCAUACUUCAGCAAGUGUGGCAUCUGGUGA